GAUCGUUUCCGUUUUUGCCUUUCUCGUCAGAGAUGGAGGACAAUUCGGCAUCUUGGUAAAAGCUAUCUUUAUACGGAACACACGUUUGUUAAAUACUUUUCUACAUUUUAUUGAAUCAGAAGCUGCGCUUUCAUUUAUUCCAAAGUAAACGCCAAGAUGAGUUUUAUCCUAACAAAACGAGCAACAGCCAGCGUUAUUAAUCUGCUCGUUCCGCCUCAAAAUGGAGUCGUCGAGAUGCACUAUGGCACAGCUACUGGAGCCCCGUCCAAAAUGGAUAAGCAAAUGGAAACUUUGACCAGCGACACUCCAGUACGACCCAAGAUUUUAGGAGUCCAAAGCGCCUGUAAAAGCGGUAUAUUGGAGAAUCAUGGGUCACUCCAGAAAAUCAAUGACGAUGAGGGUUCUUUGCCUUGUACUCCCGAAUUGUCACAUUCUAUGGAAUAUGGGUUAGAUUUUACCAGCAGCUGCCCUUCAGGUGAUAAAGUAUUGGAGCAUGAUACCAGAGAACUAAUAGGGAGUGUACUUCUGGACUACACGGGACAAUCUGGUCCGCAACGUAGUCGUAACCAAAGCAAACCUUUUUCGACUAUGAAACGAGUGGUGGAAGACGUAAUUGAAAAACAUCAACUCGCGUACAAAGGUAUGAUCUCCAAACUGAGGUUGGAUGACAGAGGGGAUGACAUGAGUGUUAUCACGUCAGUGGCCAAGAACAUCUUCAGUGAUGGGACAACCAACUGGGGUCGUAUUGUCAGUCUGGUGGCUUUUGGGUCGGUGGUGUGCCAGUACCAGAAGAAAAAUGGCAGAGAGAACUGUGUUGAGUUGGUGGGCCAAGAGAUCUCCAAUUACCUCCUUGGUGAUCAACGAGACUGGCUGAUCAGCAACAAUUCAUGGGAUGGAUUUGUGGAAUUCUUUCGCAUUGCCAAUCCAGAAUCCACAGUGAGGAACACCCUAAUGGCAUUCGCUGGAUUUGCUGGGAUUGGGGCAACAUUGGCCCUAUUGAUCAGGUGAACUUGUUGGACUAUGGACUUUUUUUUUUCUCUCUCCAUGUCCAAGCAAUGAAGCAAAGACUAUUCCAUCACUCUUCAACACCGAAGCGAAUUAUGUAGUUCACUGAACAAUGUUCCUUUUUUCUUCCUUCCUUCCUUCUUUUUUUUUUUUUAAUAUAUUGAAAUUCCCCAUCCAAGUUGACUAUAUGAGAAUUAUUUUGAGAUGUGCAGUGUGUGUAAAUGUGUGCUUUUCCCCUACCCCCUAAUUAUGUUCCAUUUGUUUUGGGGGGUUUGUGAGAGAAAUAGUUGGCACAAAUAACUUCAUCUUAUUUAUUGAUAAAUUUAUUUUUGUAAUAAAUGUAUAAAAUAAAAUCACUUUGCCAACUCUUUUGUACAUCAAAAUUGUACAUUUGUACAUUUGAAAUGGCAACUUUAUAUACCCAUAAAUGGUCAAUGCCAUUUGUAACCAAGAUGGAGGCCUCAUCACUGCCUUAAAACCUUUAAUUUUUUUAAAUGAGUUUCAGUUUCUUGAAAAAUUGUUAGUCUAACAUCUGCUGUAAAUCAGUAAUGUCAAUGGAUGCAGUUAAAAAUGAGAAGUGGAACUUUGCUGACUUUAACUAAGGAUAUGGUUGACUGUAUGGUCAGACAUGCUACAGAAAAAGCCUUUAUUUGGAAGUGUAGGAAAGACUGGGUUGUAAAGGCUGUACUUUACAACCCAGCCAAUUUUUCAACACAGCCCAUCCACCAUGCCAGGGUCUAUGGUUUACAUGGUACAAAAUUAAAAUAUAUGGGUCUUUGUACAAGGUAAUAUCCUGGUAAAAGUGGUAAUAUUUGACAGUUUACUUUGUAAGACUUCAACAUUAGAGAGCAAUGCAUUUCUAAAUUCACCUUAUGUUGAGUUUGUUUUUUGUACGAUUAUUUGUUUACCAGAAGGGCAAUUUGGUAAUCAUUGUCUGACGCAAGAUUCACAUGGUGCUGAUGGAUGCAUGAUUGGAGACAGCCGUCUAUUGAAAUAUUUCAUGCGUAGAGCAAUCCUUGUCAUUUAGCUUGCAUCCAAAAUCUACUCUGAAGCUACUGCUAUAGUUUUUCUCAGCAAUAUUUUUGGGACCGUUUUUCAGUCCUUCAUUGAGAUUCAGUUAAAUGGUGUCACAAUAUUUCCUUUUGGUAGUGGCUUCGAUUUAAUAAAUCAGACAUGCUAAACUUGA